AUGUCGAAUUUGGUGCUGUAUGAAGUGCGCUACGUGUUGCUAGCGUGUGGCUACUCGUUUGAUUGCUUCACUCCCAAGAUUCUCUAUUCCUCCCGAGAUAGUGCGAUAUUCUGGUUCCUUACGAUGAUACCAUUGGCCUUUCUUUGUGAACCUCAGUUUGCUUUCCUCAUCUUUGAUGCGAAGGAUCUGUACAAGUUCGUUUCGGUGCUCGUACCCUGCACCGAGAUCUUCCUGACCAACCUGAAGAUGGUGAUUUGCAAUCUGAAGCGGCACAAAAUUCUCAACCUCAUCAACGACGUGCAAAUCGUUUGGGAUGAAUAUGCUGCCUCGAAUCUCGAAGAAGUGCGUGAACUGUUGGCUGUAACGAGAAAGAAGGCUCGCGUGUUCGUCAUCGUCUACACGUCGGCCUUCAUGUUCAUCUGCCUGGAGUAUGGGUUGAUGCCGCUGUGGAAAUGGUGCUACUAUUACGGCUUCUCCAGCCAACCCUCCAACUACACCAUCAGUCUACCCUAUCCGCAACGCAUGUUUUACAGCAUCGAAAGUAACGCUUCCUUCGGUGUAACGUACUUCUUCAUCAUGGUGGCCGUUUAUCUGCUGGGGCUCGCACUGGCCGGGUUCGAUUCCGUGUUCACCACGCUGGUCAUGCACAUUACGGCGUUGUUUAAGCUGCUCAACAUGGAAAUCGACCAGAUGGGCAUGCAGCUACGAGGUGGAGCGAAGGGCCACGAGCUGAAGAGUACGUUCAAGGCGAUCAUCCUCAAACACAAGACCUACCUAGCAUUCAUCGAUCAGCUCGAGGAUGCGUUCAGUUUGGUUUUGAUGGUACAGUUUCUGACCAGUUCCAUAGUGAUUUGUGUCGUUCUCUAUCAACUUACGUUGGCUUUCGGAUGGAACGAGGAAACAAUGAAAACGAUCACCUACCUACCGGGGGCCGUGCUGCAGCUGUACGUGUUCUGCUGGUACGCCCAGAAGAUCACCGAGGAAGCGGAACUGGUAGCGAACCACAUCUACAGCAUACCCUGGUACCUGGGCGAUCCGUCCUACGAGAAGAUGUGCAUCACGCUGAUGGCCAAAGCACAGAAACCGACCGGUGUGACCGCGUCCAAGUUUUACAUGAUCACGCUGCAGAGUUUCCAGCGAAUCAUCAGUACGUCCUAUUCCUACUUUACCUUACUUCAAACCAUGAACCAGCAAUAG